AUGAAGUUCAUCGCUGGGCUUAUCGCCCUUGUCUCCAUCGCGGCCGCCGCGCCGUCCAUGGUUGUUGAUCGGGCGUCCUCUCCUAUCAACGUGCAGCUGGAGAAGGCGGGCAACUCGGUCAUCAAGGCCACCAUCUCCAAUGUCGGCCACGAAGACCUUAGGAUUUUCCGCCCAGGAUCCAUCUUUGACAGCUCUGCAGUUGAGAAGGCAAAGGUCAAAGCCGGUGCUCGAGAGAUUGGCUUCGCCGGCAUAAGAAAGCGAGUGUCCACAACCAAGAUCGCGGCAGAGUCGUUCCAGCACGUUUCGGCGGGCCAGUCCGUCGUGGUCACCUUUGACAUCGCCGAGACGCACGAUCUCUCGGCGGGUGGCGAUUUCCACGUCGUGUCCGCUGGGAAGCUCAUGGUUGCCAGCAAAUCCGGGGACAACAAAAUCGUCAAGUCGUUGCCAUACGAAUCCAACAUCCUCAAGACCAAGGUCAAUGGCGCAGAGGCAGCGGCAGUACGGGCAAACAUCCACCAGAAGUGGAAACGCACCAACGUUCAGAGCGACUGCACCGGCGAGCGUCUCUCUGUGACAGAGCAGGCCCUCCAAAACUGCCAGUCCCUGUCGCAGACGGCGCAGCAGGCUGCCUCGUCGGGCCCGUCCGAGAAGAUGGAAGAGUUCUUCAAGGCGUCCGACAGCAACACCCGCAACACCGUGGCCGGGGUGUUUAGCCGCGUCGCGCAAGAAUGCGGCUCGACGAGUUCCGGCGCGUCGACAUACUACUGCACCGACGUCGGCAACUACUGCCAGAGCAACGUCCUGGCCUAUACGGUUCCAAGUCAGAGCUACAUGGUGUACUGCGACCUCUACUUCAACGACCUCCCGCCGUUGACCAGCACGUGCCACGCGCAGGAUCAAGCGACCACGAACCUCCAUGAGUGCACCCAUUUGACGGAGAUUCAGGGCACCGACGAUCUCGGCUACGGCUACGAUGCCAUCUUGCAGUUGUCCGCCGCCGAGGAGCUGAACAACGCCGACACGUACGCCGUGUUUGCCAACUCUCUCUAUGCCGGCUGCUGA